GGAUUUCACUUUUCAGCCAGCGAAAAUGGGGGUAAACGUCUAGAUUUAGAUAUAGAUAUCUAGAUCUAGAUAUCUAGAUCUAGAUCUAGGUCUCGAUUUAGAUAAUUAAUAAGAUUAUGGUUUUUCCCCGCUUUGUCAAGUUCAUAAGCCUCGACACACACGGAAUCCUAUUCUCACAGAUGAGUAAACAAAAGAGCCGGAGGCUAAAGGGUCACAGGUCAAGUUUUUUUCAGGUAGCCCAAGGCCAACUGCCCAUCUGUGGGUGACUCAUCAUGCUCUCUUGACUAAGCAGUCAGUUCUGGUUGCAUUAGACAGAUCUAGAUCUAGACUCUAGUUAGGUCUACUAAUAAUAAUUGACUGGAAAUCCAAUUAUUUACAUUUCUUCAGUAUCAGUCACGAUGUCACGGCUAAAUCGAGGUAGAGGAGGACGGGGUCGUGGUGCAUUCGGAGGGUUCUCAGCGGAGUCUGACCACCCUUCAAACAGUGUCCACCCUUCCAUGCUGAAACAGGCUCGUCGCUCCGGAGUGUUGAACCUGAGCCAGCGAGGUCUGGAGAGUGUGCCGGACGCAGUGUGGACAGUGCAGGAAGACGUGCCCGAGGAAGCCAAGUCUAUAUCCCUUGACAACACCGAUGACAAGUGGUGGGAAACUGUAGACCUCACCAAGCUCAUUCUUGCUUCGAAUCGUUUGUCCUCCAUUGGAGAGGGGUUGAGGAACCUUGGUGCGCUUACUGUGUUGGAUGUCCAUGACAAUCAACUGACAAGUUUACCAAAAGCCAUCAGUGCCCUGGAAAAUCUUCAAAAGUUAGACAUCAGUCACAAUCGGUUGAGUGAUAUCCCACUACAUGUUGGCCUGCUCCAAAACCUGGUCACUUUACAAGCCGAUCACAACCAACUGACCUCUCUCUGUGAGGAAGUCUGCAGUCUCAAGCAACUGGAAAAACUUGACGUCUCAAACAACCAAAUUGAUUCCGUGCCCCGAUACAUUUGUCUGCUGUGUCGGCUGAGAUUUUUCAAUGUCUCUAACAACAAGUUGACCCACCUACCCCCUGAUAUCGGAUCCCUCAAUGCUCUAGUUUUGUUUGAUGCCACCCACAACCAACUGAUGAACCUACCGGAGGAGUUUGGCCAUCUGCCUAACCUGGAGCAGCUUCACCUUCGACAUAACAAGCUGGAAUACCUGCCUGUCCUCAGGCACUGCACUAAGCUAAAGGAGCUUUUGGUGGGUAACAACAACAUCAGGGGCCUGAGCCCUGAGCACCUGCAACAUCUGAGCUCCGUCACAAUCCUGGAAGUGAGAGACAACAAACUGGAGAAGCUUCCAGACGAGAUCACGCUGAUGGAGAGGCUGGAGAGACUUGACCUCACCAACAACGACAUCAGCACGUUGCCAUACGUUUUGGGCACAAUGGUACCCCUUAAAUCUGUUGUCCUUGAUGGUAACCCAUUACGCUCUGUCAGGAGGGACAUCGUUAUGAGGGGUACACAAGAGCUUAAAAAGUACCUGGCGAGUCGACUGAGUGAUGAAGAGAGAGACAAGCAAACAGCCGAUCAAGUGUCAAGUACGAAUGUAGCGCUUCCUGGGGCACAGGAUCAGCCUCUCAGAGCCCAUGACCUGCAUCAGAUGAAGUCUCUUGAUUACAGCAACAAGAAAAUCAAGUCUUUGCCAGAUGAUGUUGUAGAAGCAGCUCUAGAAGCGGGCGUCAAAGUUAUCAACCUCAGCAAGAACUUGUUGGAGGAAGUGCCCAGCCAGCUUUCAGUACUGUCGCCAAAUCUAACAGAACUUAAUCUAAGCAGCAACAAGAUUGCAAAGCUGGGGCCCUCGGUUGCUCAGUUCAGUCGCCUGCUGUUGCUUGACCUCAGGACCAAUCAGUUGUCCGACCUCCCGAUGGAACUUUCCAGACUGAGCAGCCUGAGAGAACUUGCCUUGUCAUAUAACAGAUUCAAGUCAAUACCGGAGAGUGUGUACAGCCUCAAGUCGCUAGAGAUCCUCUUUAUCAAUGACAAUCAGGUGAACUCCCUGGAUGUGUCCAAAUUGAGCACUCUGUCCUGUCUGGCCACUCUGGACCUGCAGAACAACGACCUUACGCAAGUCCCGCCUGAGCUGGGCAACUGUACGGGACUCAAAUCUUUGUCCUUGAGCGGCAAUGCGCUACGGAUGCCUCGACCGGCCGUCCUGGCGAAGGGCACCCUGGCAGUGCUGGAGUACCUGAGGAGUCGGAUUGUCACGUAGUAGUUGUGAGACACGCCCCGCACUUACAACCUGUCCUGUGUCACGCCCACUGAUUUAGGGGCUCGUUAGUGAUUAGCCUUCACAGGUUGUUUUGUUUUUGGUUUUUUUGGACCACGUUGUUCUUCCUCUCCUCUUCUUUCUUGUGUAAAAAGAAAAGUACUUUUAAGCUCCUGUUUUCCAAAUUUAUUGGAAUUUUCAUAAAUUAUUCUUUGAAAUGGAAUGGUUUAAAAAAGGAUUCUCAAACUAGUAAGUGCUACACCCACAAAAGGUAUGCAAGAUUUGAAGUAUAAUCAUAGUACAGGCUUUAUCCCCCUCUCUACCAUGUCUUCAAUAACAUGCCUCUAAAUUAGCUCAUGUCCAUCUGAUAUUGGCGUGAAGGGGUCGAAAAGAAUGGGAUAAAAUAAGAUUGAUGCAAUCCCCAGACACUGAGAGGUUUAUAGCAGAACAUCUUCCUCUACAUUUCUAUGUCUUUUAUGUAAAGAAGAGGUUGACAAAGCCCAUUAUAGUGCGCAGCUCAAGCAGAAAUUAUGCUGGAACACUGUUUAAAGUUUAAAAAAUCUGCCGAUGUUAAUUUUCAAGAUCCCUUAAAUAUGACAAAUGAAGUAGCCCAUAACAUCAUUUCAUCAGAGUUGUCAUUAUAUAUAUAUAUAUAUAUAUAUACAGAAAUGAACUCAAAUGGUUGUGAGAAUACAUUUAUUGUUGCUAUUUUGUCUACAGAACCUUUUAAUGAUAUUCCCAAGAGGCUGCUCAAACAUACACUUGUAUAUCUCUGCAACAACAGUGUGUAACUUACCCUAAUGAUGAAGCUGCUUGAUGAGAUAAAACUGGGGUGAAUCUACCUGUUUUGUUUUGUGUUGUACCAAGAUACAUUAUCCCAUUCAGUACCACUGGCUACAACGUGAAAAUCUGCCCCAAGAGCACAAACAGUUUUUUUUUUCACAUAGUGUGUAUCUUUAAAAAAAUAAUGAAAAUAGCCUAGAGCACCUGUACUGAAAAGAAUUAUACCUCAUUAUGUUUAUUAUUGUGCUUACUAAAUAACAAAUAAAGUCAUAUAAAUGCAAUUUUUUUUUCUCCAUAUGUCCACUUGCCAUAAUUGAAUUGUCACUGUCCUUCACCAAAAGCAGCCACACAUAUACAGUUUACGACAGUUAUUUAUAACUAAAGGUGCUCCUGAAAACGCCACCCUUGGCACAGCUGAAUUGGCACCUUGAGCACCCAUAGUGAGUGUCAAAAGGUCUGCCUGAGGCGGUCAGUCUCUUGGGACCUACACCUGUGCAUUGUCUGCACACUCGUUUCCUUCCUGGCAUGUGAACACUUGUGCAGGAGGCUGGACCGCUGGACACGUUGCCAGCUUCAGAGUUGUUUCUGUCACGAGUGAAACAGCGCAAUAAGAUCCCCACCAAUGUCAGUUUCAUUACAAUUACCCGUUUCAGCAUCCUAUUCAUCAUCACUGCCGAGGUUUCUAUUGAUAUCAUCAACGAGGUUGCCCAGAAACUCGAAGGCCAUUUCAUUCUGGCUGCAGCUGACAGCUGAUUUUCGGCAGCACAGUUCGAUCAACUUAUCUGUUUGUUUACUCAAUGAAAAUUAUAGGCGAGCAGAUUCUCCUUAUAAACUCCAUGCGGUAUAAUUUCUACCUGUCAGAAUAAAGAAAGAACAGUGGGAAAAUUCUGUACAUUAUUGGUGUGCGUCAAUUCCUUAGUAGCUACCCUCACAUCAGGCGGUUACAGUCGUUAUAAUUGUUAUGGUAGAGUUGAGACUACUGAGCGGGCGGUUAAGGCCGUUAUGGUACUGGAUGGGUUGAUUAAAGUCAGAAUGUUCAUAUAUUAACUAGAAGACUGUUGUAGUUGCUGGAGACCACAGUAACCCCAAGUCCUUCAAUUCGUGGUGCCAUGGUGGCAGCUGAAAGAAUUUUCUGCUCAACUGUGUAUGUACUACUAUACCACUGUUGUUCGAAACAUUUUGCUAGUCAUUGAAUGCUUUUCUACAAGGAACAAGACUUUUCGCUUUAGCUACUGAACUGUUUUAUCAUGUUUGAACUUGAGUAAAGUGGUCAUUAUUGGAGAACAGCCAUUUGAUUUGUUUGUAGUAGGCCGGCUUAUUCUGUUACAAUGUAUUCCUGUCCAUGACAAUCUGUUCAUAGCCAACCUCAUGAGUAUUGGCAUUUGUAAAAUGUGUGAGGUUUCUGCACAAAACCUCUCAUACAUAUAUUUUCUAAUACUUAAACUUUGCUUUCACUUCAGUUGUAAUGUUUGGGUCUUUUUAUUGCAUUAGCUGCAAAGAAUAGUGUUGUUUUUUUAAUACAUUGUUUUUUUGUUUAUUAAAAAUUAAGACUGUUUAUGAUUAUAUGAAUUGUUUGUAUUAUGUGCUUCUUUGGUGAUAGUGAAGUUGUGAGCGCCGUAAAACCUCUACAAAAAAAAACCCACACAAAAAAA